AGCUCCGCCCGUUCGAGCCGAAUUUAGCCGACAAGGGCCGAGUGGACCCGAACAAGGAACAGGCUGUGUGUAGUUGGAGUGACAGCGGCACUCACACCUCAGGCUCAGCCACCGCGACAUCAGUGCGACCCAACUCAUCCAGAGCACUAGUCGCAGCUCGGAACACCCGCGCUACAUCAUUGUUAUUGAAGGUAGCGAUUGUUGCAGUCGUCCGCGACCACGUAUGUCAGUGCGCGAUCUGUCGACGGGUCGUCAGCCAGUCGUCGCCUGCCGUCUGUGAGCUGCCAUGACCCUGCACACGUGCUGAGCAGCAGACCAAGUCGCCUUCCGCCCAGGGAGAUGUCUCGUCGCAAACAGGCGCGUCCUUUCCGCGUGCUAGAGUCCGAAGACGGCACGGAGUCCACUGCUGCCGCCUCCGCCUCUACAUCCGCCUCCACAUCCGCUGCCGCCUCCGCUACUGUCGCAACCGCCGCUGUCAAUACUGGGGAGAGUUCAGGCUCGAGCUCAGAAGAAGAUUCUGGUAGUACAUCAGGCUGCAAGUUGGGUGAAGAGUUGGGCUGUGAAGCAGAGAAAGAGAACGAAGAGAGAAAAGACGAUCCAGACAGUCCAAUGUCGGUAGAAAAUGAUGAGACAAUGGCUACUGGAGAUGAGGAUGAAGAAGAAGAGUGUGUGGUUGAGGAGGGCAUCUCCAAGACAAGAGAAGAGGCAAGGCGACAGAGACAGGAUGCUGAGAACAACAACAGUAUAGGAGAAGGUGAAGCCGAAGUGGAUGCCGAUGCAGACGCUGAUGCAGACUCUCUUGCUGGAGAUUUGGCUGGACUGGGCUUCCAGGGAUUAGGUGGCUUCCCUGUCCCCCCUGUACCUGGUCACGUCACCCUGGAGGCACUGCAGAACACCAAGGUAGCUGUGGCCCAGUUUGCAGCUACUGCCAUGGCUAACAAUGCAGAUAACCCAGCUGCACUCCAAAACCUAGCUGUGCUGCACUCAACUAUCUACACACUGCAAACGCAACAAAUGAUGCAACUCAGAUUGAUCCAGCAACUCCAGCAGCAGCUGCAAGACAAUGGAGGGCUUCCACCAGUGAAAGAAGCAUCGCCACCCACCACCCCACUGCAGCUGUCCACACCUCUGCCAUUGGUCGAGCCACCAGCGCCUCCUGUUGCCGCUGCAGCCAAACACCAGCCAAACACAUCAUCAGCAGCAAAUGUCGUUGGCGCCUCUGUUACUCCCUCCACUCCACCAGCCACCCAGUCAAUACCACCAUCCUCUCAUUCGCAGGCUCUGACUCCUACAUCUACAAAGCCACCAACUCCCAAACCUCCUCCCACCUCUCCUCCUGCCCAACCAGCAGCCCUACCUCCUUGUUCAAUAUCAUCAAGCUUUGCUUCCUCCAUUAUCACCAACUUCGACCCUCCUCCCUCUCCAAAUGGGCCGAACUCACUGGAAAUGUUAAAACGAAGAACAGAAGAUAUGUUAGACAAUGCUAGCCAAAGUUUGCUUGCUAACAACAACAUGGCUGAUGAGGUUGCUUUUAAGAAACGUGCCGCCUAUGAUUCCAAGUCUGGUGUCCAGCUGUCCCUCAAGCACUGCUGUCGCUACUGUGGGAAGGUGUUUGGGAGUGACUCUGCACUCCAAAUACAUAUCAGAUCGCAUACAGGUGAGCGCCCUUUCAAGUGCAAUGUAUGUGGCAGUCGGUUCACAACCAAGGGCAACCUGAAGGUGCACUUCCAGAGGCAUACCUCAAAAUUUCCACACAUAAAAAUGAAUCCAAACCCAGUGCCCGAGCAUCUGGACAAGUAUCACCCUCCUCUGAUUGCUCAAAUGGGGGCACACCAAAGCCUGCCACCCGGAGCACCUCCUCACCAUCCUCAUCAAAUUCCUCAUCCACCAUUUCCCAACAGUCCACCUUUUCCUCCUGCGAGCCUGCCUAUGUAUAGACCACCUCAACCUCCACCUCAUGACCUGUUACUCCCACCACAUCACAGGCCUCAAGAUCCUUCCCUUAUCAAACCCAUCCUACCUUUAUCUCUCUACAGUCCACGAGGAGAGCAAGAGAUGCCAGAAAACCUUAGCAAACCAGCAAAUUCCUCAUCUCCACCAAUGUCUGAAUCAGGUGAAAGGUUCAAGAAAGAAAACAUUGAUGAAGAAAUGAGAAUCAAGUCAGAAUCUGGUGACCCACCACAUGCAAACAGCCGCUUAAGUCCAAAGCAAGAGCUAGAGGCUGAAGGAGAAUCUGAGCAUGAUCCUGACAAUGAGCGAUAUCCAUCACCAUCUCCAUAUGAUGACUGCAGUUUGGACAGCAAGUACAGCAACGAAGAUCUACUGGCAAGGGAAGAUAGCCCUAGUAAGGAGGAGAAUGAUGACAGCCUGCAGGAGCAGCCAGAGAACCUCUCUAAUAAAAGUACGUCAGAUAUUGUUCAAUUUUCUAUAUCAGCAGAUCAACAGCUUCCUCCUUCAUUCCCAUUCCCUGGUACUGUCUCUCCUCCCAGUAGCACGUCUUCUGGAGACAACCACCUACCUGGAUCCUUCUCUGUCACAACAGGUGACUUUGACCCUUCUCAAGAUCCAGCUAUUUAUUCCAAUCUCCUUCCUAGACCUGGAAGCAAUGAUAAUUCUUGGGAAAGUCUUAUAGAAAUAACUAAGACAUCAGAAACAUCCAAGCUUCAACAGCUGGUUGAUAAUAUAGAGCAUAAAUUAACUGACCCAAAUCAGUGCAUCAUUUGUCAGAGGGUUCUUUCUUGUAAGAGUGCACUGCAGAUGCACUAUCGCACCCACACCGGUGAAAGACCCUUCAAGUGCAAAAUAUGUGGUAGGGCUUUCACAACAAAGGGCAACCUGAAGACGCACAUGGGCGUGCACAGGAUCAAGCCACCAAUGAGGGUGCUCCACCAGUGCCCUGUCUGCCACAAGAAGUUUACCAAUGGCCUGGUACUGCAACAACACAUCCGCCUGCACACGGGAGAGCCAACUGACCUGUCGCCUGAACAAAUUCAAGCAGCUGAAAUCAAAGACUACUUGCACCCACCUUCCAUGCCUUCACUUUCCACUGGCUCUACUCCUUCCCCUUCAGCUUUCCUUCACCUCAGUCAAGUUUCCAAUGAUUCAUUCCUUUCACCAGGUCUCUCCCGUAGCCCCAUAUCUGGCUCGCAGGAUGAAAAACAUAGUUUUGGCAGUGAUAUAAAGUCCAAAGACAACUCAAAGUCUGAUGAAGUUUUCACUAGUUGUAGCCCAAUGCCGUCUUACCCGGCUUUUUCUACCUCAUUAGCAGCCUUGGAAAAUCAAGUGCGAACUAUUGAUACGAUUGCCUCCCAUUUCAAUACUGCUUCUCAUUUGAAAAAUUUUAGUAAAGACUUGUGCAAUAACCAAACAUUCACCCCUAUUCCAGUGAACGGCGAAAAGUCGCCUGCAGGCUCGAGAGGGUUGGAUAGUCCAAGCGGGUCUGAGGGGCAGCUGACACCAUCUCCCCACCCAUCACACCCUGUCCAGAUCCCUCGAUCGGCCCAGCGACCUCCUAGUCCAGCGCCCUCAGAGUCCAACUCAUUGGGUGCCCUCGACCUGACGCCUCGUGCUCACUCGGUGCACUCGACACCUGGAGUCUCGCCAGCACCAGCGCCACCACCUCACUUCUCCAGCUUCGGACUGCUGCCUCCUGUCUGCGCGUCGUCGCCACUCAUGACGUCAGCCUUGUCUACACUCACCUCAUCUGUGCUCAACUCAACAGCAUUCAGCCCCAUCGGUCUUGCUGUUGGACCUGGAGUGAGAGGAAACACCACCUGCAACUUGUGCUUCAAAACGUUCGCCUGUAAUUCAGCAUUGGAGAUUCACUACAGGAGUCACACCAAGGAGAGGCCUUUCAAGUGUACCAUCUGCGAUCGAGGAUUUUCCACCAAGGGGAAUAUGAAGCAGCACAUGCUAACGCAUAAGAUCCGCGACAUGCCGCCUCACCUAUUCGAGCACAAGUCAGGCAGCAGUCAGAUGUGUUCGGACGAGGCGAGCAGCAACGCGAGCAGCGAAGGCCUCCUGCGUCCCAUGUCCGUGGAGCCGCCUCUCUCGCUGCCCCCGGCUCCCGCCCCCGGCCUCUCGUCACCCGGCGCCGCCUCCAUGAAGCCGGAACUGCCUUCCGCCAUCAAGCGGUCGCGCUCGCCUCUCCUCGAAGAACCAGCACUCACUCUACCCAAACGACAACCAAGCUUGCCAAAACACUUGUGCCAUGUUUGCAAUAAGAACUUCUCGUCGUCGUCAGCGCUGCAGAUUCACAUGCGCACGCACACGGGCGAUAAGCCGUUUCGGUGCACCAUCUGCCACAAGGCGUUCACCACCAAAGGCAACCUCAAGGUACAUAUGGGCACACACAUGUGGACGAACGGGGCUUCACGUCGCGGCCGCCGCAUGUCUCUAGACCUGCCUCCCCUCCCAAAGGACUCAGACUUCCUGCAUCGGAGGCCAGACCUUUUCUAUCCCUAUCUUCCGGCCCCGUUCCUUAAUGGCAUGCAACAAAAGUUGAACGAGAUUUCGGUGAUUCAGAACGUGAACUCGAACGUGGGCAACGGCCUGCUGAGCUUCGGAGGCUACGGGGGCGGAGGUGGAGGCGGAGGCGGCGGUGGAGGCGGCCUUGGCGCUGUCGACAUGAAGCCAUCGUCCGACAAACAGCAGCAGCAACGCAACACGCCGCCUCUCUGGGAUCUGCACUAUGAUCGCAAGCCGCCCCCAGCCGAGCCCCAAAUGGAGAUGUGCCCUUCGCCGCCCCCGGCUCCCGCCCCCUCGCAUGUGCCGCCGCCCCAGCGUGGCGAAGGCCUAGCUGCAUGAUGGCGCCCUCUCAUGUUCAACUAGCCAACUAUACAUCACUGAGACCUUCAAUCAAACUCACCUCCAAUCACACUCAUCACUCAUACAUAUCUUGCCCCAACAUUUGUGAUUUGUUAGCAACAAAAACUUGGAACUAAACAAGAAGCUUGUGAGUUUACUCAUCGUCACAGACCUAUGUAAUCAUAUUCGGUGCAGUUUGAAUUGAAAAUAGAUCGGUUUGAGCAGUGAAUUGUAUUUGAGAGAUAUUGUGGCUGCAAUGUUCCUAUUUUGAAACUAGUCUAGAUAGAAAUCGCUAUCGAAUAUAAUGCAAAUUGAAAACUUCUACAGCAGAAAAAGGGGAAGCGGAGGUGAACCAGGGAACAGGCAUUUAUGGACCUUCAUCACUACUAUCGAUACUUGUCAGGUGGAUCCCUAAAUCCACUGAUUUCAUGUAAUGGACAGUGUGUGUAUGAUACUUUGUAUUUUCUCUGUUGAUAGAUGUUAAGAAUCUUGGAAAGGAUAUGAACAAACAUUAAUGAUUAGUGCUUUUGGUUGUGUUUGCGCAUUGACAGUGAUGCUGCGACUUGAACUAUUGGGUGGAGUUCCAUGUACUGUAUAGAUCCACUGUAUAGAUAUAGCAAGCGUAACUGAGGCAAAGGUCGUCCCAUAAUACAUUCAUUAGUUUACCUGUGAUAAUUUUCAGCAUGUCUCAGUAUUGAAACUGAGACAUGCGCCAAUUUACGUUGUUCCAUACAUAUAUUAGUUCUAUUUAUUUGUUAUUAGUAGGUAAUACAAUUAUUAUAAUUCGAGUUAUCGCAAAAAUGUUGAAAACGAAUAUUUUAUCAUUAGUUUCUGUAGAAAGGGAUGAUUUCUUAUCAACUGACAUAAGUGAUUUCAAUCAUCAAGAUAAAUACAUGAAGCUUACUGAUUGGAAAUAUAUUAACAGUGUUUAUUCUCAGGUUAACGUCUACUUUAAUAAAUAUAUUAUAUAUAUAUAUAUAUACGAGUACCUAUAUCAAAAAGAUAUUUUAUUACUAAGAUGAUAUCGAUUCAUACAAACUAUCACAAAAUUGUUUAAUAUUUAGUUCAAGGAGGAAUUAUAUAAGUUGGUGUUCAUAUCAAAAUUGUUAUCAUAUAGUCAAUUUUACAACGUUUCUGCAACUAAUGGAAAAUUUGAUUUUAUUAAUGCGAUAUUAAAAUGGACUGAUUAAUAGCAUUGCAUUUUAUUUGUAGUAUUUUAACUUAUGUGUGGAGAUGUGUGUAUGUAAAUUUAUAUACUUGAUGUUAUAUAUUUAUUACAAUGGAUAUUGCUACUAAUUAUUCAGUUGAUGGCGCGAUAUGCUGUCAGUUUGAUGUUACCUGAUUCAUCAUCUUACAGAUAUAAUUAUUUUUAUUGAAGACUCAUCCAUCAGUUUUUGUUGUAAAUAGUGUGUAUAUGUGUAUUGUAGAGUCCAAUGUACAAAUUAAAAUGUCCCAAUUGAGUAAAUGAUUUAUUUGAGUUUCUGUUGUCAGAAAUUAUUGAUUGAAUUGUAAAUGCUGAUAUUAUGAUAAUAAUUAAUGUAAUAUUUCAAACUUGGAUAUUUUGUAGGAGUACAUCACAUUAUUUUACAUCAUCCAAUUUUGUAAAAGAAUGGAGAAAUGAUCUCACAAUGUUUUUAAACUGAUCAUGCCAAUCAGAUCUGCUUUUGGAAUUACAUUAUAGAUAAUUCAAUUCACGUAUUAAAAUAACAGAUUAAAAAUUUGGCACAAUCCAAUAAAUUCAUUCUUUGAAAAAACUUGGGCCAAAGCAAUUUUAAAGGAACCAUUUUUUAAAACAGAUAUUAUGAUGUUCUAAUGAAUAAAUUUAACAAUCAGUUUACAAUCACAACACAUUGAAUUACUUUUUGAAUAUUUCUGAUGGCAUCAGAUACCAAUGCUUUAAAAAUAUUGAAUUUUUUAUCGGAUCUUGUAGGAUCUCCAUGCUCUGGUAUAUUCAGCCAAGGUACUCAACAGAAAACCCUGGCAGCUUCCCAAUAUAAUUUGGAACUAAGUUUCCAAUGCAGACUCAAAAUUCAGAAAAUUAUUUAUAGGCCUAUUUAUCAAUUUCUUUGAAGAUAUAAAUCAAUGGAAAACAGCAAAGACAAAUUUUAAUAAGUAAUCGUAAUGUUUACGAUGAUCUAUCUUCAAGAAAAUCAUCAAAUAUUAAUUACCAUGCUUAAGAUUGAUCUUUAAUUCAAAAUAAUAAUAAUAAUUAUUACUAUCAAUAUAUUUUAUCAAUUUAAUAUAAAAAUGCAAAAUCUUUGAACUCAAUUCACAAUAUUAUAGAAAAUUAUUUAUCAAUAAAAUCAAUAUCACAGAGACGAGUAAUAAGAAGCGUAAUUUUGUUUUUUUUCUAUAAUAUUGUGAAUUGAGUUCAAAGAUUUUGCAUUUUUAUAUUAAAUUGAUAAAGAUUGUUCGUGGUUUAAAAAGCUUUGAAAAAUGUUACAUGCUCAAUUCUCAAAAGGGCACGAUUUUUCAACUCUUACCACCAGAUAUUAGACAGCCAUGGAGAUUUCCUACAGAUUGAUAUCACUUUGAUAGUGAGGAUUAGUAUUUUUGAGUAAAAACAUAGCAGAGUAACCAAUUUUCUAUAUAUUUAUUUUCUUUGUUCAAAAGUUUAUGGAAUUUGAAACAUUAGCUACCAGAAAAUAUAGCUUGAUAAGCAGCAAAAAUAUCAAAGCUUCCGUCAUGUUGAAGUAAUUUGAUCAUAAAAAUAAAUUAAAAUAGUAAUCUGUGUAAAUUCGAUUUGUAAGAAAAUUGACUAUAUCGAUUUUAGUGUGUUAGUGACUGUAUUCUUUGUUUAUAGAAUGGAUUUGGGCUGUCUGUUUUUUCAUUUUGUAUUCCAAACUCCAAUGUUUUCCGUCACCAUGAUCUGUGUAGUUUUGCACAAAUGAGUCAAACAUUUUUACCUUGUUAUAUAUACAACCUUCAAUGGCAAACUAUUAAAAGUUUAAGUUAAUCAAAAA